UCCGGCAUUCUAGGGGACAGAACAUAUCAAUAUAGCCCACUGGGGCCUGGCGAAUUCCGGCUAAUCAGGCUACUGCCUGCCAGAAUGUCGACUAUCAAGUGCGAGCUUUUGCACGAGUCCCUGUACCAUCCCCCUCCGUAUACGGCUGUCUCAUAUGCAUGGGGUGAUGCCGACGAUACACGCAAGAUUGUACUGGAUGGGGUUAAGAUUCCUGUCGCAGUAAGCCUCUACGGUGCCUUGGAAGCGCUACGUAGGAAAAACGAGUCCGUCACGGUUUGGAUCGACUAUCUCUGUAUCGACCAACAGAACAGGGAUGAAAAAACGCAACAGGUGCAGCUAAUGACCGGCAUCUACUCAAACGCGCAGUUGGUGGCCAUUUGUUUAGGAGCCGAGGCAGACAAUAGCGACGAUGCGAUGAAGCUCCUGGAGGUGGUGGCGAACAUUGCGGCCAAUGCCGACUCGGAGAAGAGGGUACGAAGUCUCAUUUCGUCCGAUGUCCACAGGCCAGGAAUUGCUGCCAUUGUUGCGUUGUUUGAAAGAGACUACUGGAGGAGAUUGUGGGUUGUGCAAGAAGUGUUCAACGCUAGGGACCUCGUGGUGUAUUGCGGUUCCCUUAGCCUCCGUUAUGAAACUUUCCGAUUGGCGUCUUACGCCUUCUGGCGCCACAAAAGCGACAUCGACUACUACUUCCCCAGCGUAUCCAACGGGGGUUUUAGUCAAGCCGUUUCCUCGAACCAGUUCAGCUAUUCGCAGGUCUUGGUCCACCAAGGGCCUAGCAGCUUGCCCGAUGUAGGCUCUCUCGCGGCACUCGGUAACGACUCGCUCCUCGAGGUGCUGCGCGCUUGCAGAGGCAAACUGAGUGCGGACGCGCGAGACAAGGUCUUUGGGAUAUUGGGCAUCCUGCCAGACCAUGUACGAGGCGAAUUCCCUGUCGAUUACUCCCUGUCCGUGAAGGAAGUGUAUAUCGACGCCGUCGAUUACAUCCUCUACUCGACGGACCAGCUCGAUGUUAUACGGGAGGCUAUCCAUUUCCCGCUACACCACAGCUCCGCCAACCUCCCGUCCUGGGUGCCGGACUGGUCGCAUGCCUCCGGCAUCACGUCCAUAAGCGUGGGAUCCUCGGCGUCAGGGCGGACCAAAGCCGACUACAAGUUCCAUGAUGGCCGCAGAAAACUCGAAAUCUCAGCAAUCUACCUGGAUAAAGUCAAAGCCCGCGGCAUUGCCGUUGGCACCUUGUGCAACUUGGGCGACUACCUCAUGGCCUUCCUUCAUUGGCGAGCUAUACUCUUGCAAAGCAGUGGCUCGGUCAAGAGACAACAAGAUGCAUCACCCCGGGUGCUGGAGGCCUUCUGCAAAACGCUCUGCAUGAAUCAGGUCCCUGAAGGGUUUGAGGAUGCGAAGACAUGGAUGGUCCAUUGCCUGCAUGUCUUUGCAUCGUUGAUACAUGAAAGGCUGCCCAGUAUGCAGAUGGACCGCGGACUUCAGUCUUAUAUUCACAUGGACGAUGAUAUCAAGAUCAAGCCCGAGGACAGGAGAUCGUUCCUUCAGCACCAUUUUGCUACGAAGAUGAUGGGCCGAUGUUUGUUGAUCACCGAGGAAGGGCGCAUCGGGAUGGGCUCGGGAUUCAUGGCGCUAGGCGAUGAGGUUGUGGUACCUCUAGGAUGCUCGACGCCUAUCAUAUUGCGUCCCCACGGGCCGAAAGGGGAGUAUCGGUAUGUUGGGGAUGCCUAUAUCCAUGGGCACAUGACUGGCAAGACGGUGGAUCAAUGGGAAAACGGGGAACGCGAGCUGAGGAGAUUUGUCCUU